AAAACAAGUGAAAGCUAAUUAAAUAAUAUUUUUGUUGUGAGCUAAAAUAAAUACAAAGGGAUAUGUUUGGAUAUAAAGACAGAACCCAAAUAAAUCUCAUCAUCCUCUUCUCUUUUUGCGUCCAUUGUUCUCGUCACAAAUAUCGCACGUGCGUGUGUGUGUGUCAUCAUCGAUCAUCGUCAUCGUCAUCGUCAUCAGUCUUCGACCAGGACCCAAUUCCAUCCUUGUUCGGUCGUCUCUUGUUGUUGACUGUUUUACAAGGCUUCGACAAUCUGCCCCAAACCCAAUUCCCUCAGGUCAAUUAAGAAGCUCUCUUCACAUGCUCUGUUGAAAAGAUAUGAAGACGAUUCCUCAGAGCUCUGUUGCCGUAUCGGCAUCGGCUCCUCAGCAGCUGGCUACUAGUGACUUGAGCAAGUUGCGUAAUGUUAUGCGAUUAAAGAUUUUGGCUUUCUUAGCACCAAGGAUAAAAACAAGUGGUUCAGAGUCUGAUAAAGCCGCCAACUACCAAAAGCGUGCCAAACAAUACACAGUUUUUGUAGAUGAUAUACUCUGGAGCAAUGCCCAAUCAUUGAAGGACUACGCCGAUCAAAAUACUCUUAAAGCCCGCUGUGAUAAUGUGGUCAGACGCUGUUUGCUGCGCCCUCCUCCUAAUGCUGCUACUCCAAGUUCUGUUGCCAUGAUGAAUGGAUGUGUUACAGCCACCCGCCCUCUCGAUACUUUCCAAUCCGGAUGCCCACCGCCAGUUACUUGCACCAACGGAGUUUCUGCAGGGUUUUCUUUUGGGACUGAUCACAUGCAGAUGCAGCAAUAUUCUGCUUCUGCUGGUGCAAAUAACUUUAAUCACCAGAUGGUUGAUAUUUAUAGGCCAAAUGUGAACCAGUUUACUUGUGGGGUCUCUAGCCCUCUGAUUACUGGCGCAGGUUUUAGCAGCAACUGUGGUGUACCACUUCCUAAUGGACCUAUGGCUUCUCAAGAGCUCUUCACUACUCCUACCCAUUUGUCAGCUUUGUCUCAACCUUUUCCGCAACCUCCUGAUCAGUCAAACAUGCAUAGAUACUCAAUGAGCAACGUUGCUUCUUUUGGGACAACCAAUCCCUAUGGAGUUGUUAUGCCUUCUGUAUCAAUGGCAGUUUCUCAGCAUUCAGUUCCAUGGAACUCCAAUCCUAUGCUUCAGGGAGUUGACUCCACCGUCACAAGUAAUCUGCAAGGAAUGCAACAGUAUCCAUUGCCCAAACGUCAACUGCAUCAGGCUCUGUGGAAUAAUCAGUUCCAAUCUGCUUCCACUAAUCAAGAUCAUUUGGCUCACGGGUUUCACCAGCAAGCUCCUGAUACUGACCACCAAGGACUACAUUCUCAAAAUCUUUACUCUGGUCAACUUGACAAGGAUGCUUAUCUCACUCAGCAAGCUAUGGGUUUAGCUGCUCCUGUCAUUAAUAAUGGACCAAGCUUAGAUUCAUACGAAGAAGCUCUUCACAGACAGGUUACUACAAAUGGUUUCAAACCGUCCAAGUUGCAGUGCCAACAGGCUGCUGUUAAAGACCACUAUAUUGGUGCUCAAAGUGCAUCUGUCCAUGGUAGUCAGAUGAAUUCUUCUCCAUUUUUCCAACCACGUCCUCAACAACAGCAGUCGGCAUCAGUCCCAGUUCAGAGGAGGCAGCCAUCUCUACAGAAAUCAACUGGAAUAUCAGAAAACUAUGAUGGACAGAGAGGACAUACUGUGGUAAACUUAUGUCAAAGUAGUGCUAUGCAGCCUGAACCUGUUCAUCGUUUAUCAUCUCCAAUACCGCAUAUAAGCAGCCAAACUGUUUCUCCUAGGAACACAGUUGAGAGCAAACAUCUUGGGGAUGGAAACGGUACAACACCGGUAAACGGAGAUUGUGGUCAAGCGCAUAAGAACGUGCAGCGGUGGCUUGUGUUUAUGAUCCAUGUACGUAAGUGCAAGGCAAGAAAAGAUAAGUGUGCCACCGAGUAUUGCUUCCAAGGCAAAAAGAUGUGGAAACAUAUAUGCUUCUGCAAGCUCCCUGAUUGCACAUAUAGCUAUUGUCUUCCAACUCGGAAAUGGAUUCAUCAUUACAAGAAGUGCGGACAAAAAACGUGCACUGUCUGUGGAUAUGUCAAAAACUACAAGGAAAAGAACAAAGAAAUAAGUGUAGCUCUCCGUAGAGCUAAGUAUAGCUCAGGUAGUUCAAAAUGUCAGCCUAGGAAAUCCUCAAAAUCCAGGCAAGCAUGCAAGAAAGGAGGUGCUGAAGCUCCAUCUGUUGAUGCUGAUCUGCAACCCUCAGUGAAGCGCCGCAAGGUACAGCGACCCUCCCAAAAUGCCAUUCCCGUGACGAAGAACAUUUCAGUGACAGGAAGUGGUGUUGUAUGUAAACCUCAUUCCUCAAUGAAUAUGAAAAAGAAAAAUGGUUUGAAAAGUGAUGACUGCAAAAGUGUCAGACCUGUGGUUAUGCCCAUGGACAUAGAUGUUCCUGAUGCUUGUGGCAUUCCCGUUACCCGGGAACUGGAGAAGCAAGUUGCUGAAGAUACUCCCAAGGGUAUAAACUGUGGUGGUUUCACAAAGGAUGACAAAACUAGUUGCUUAUUGGCACAAGGAAAAUCCAAAUGUAUGAAUGAAGUGAGUGCAUCAAAGGAAGAAGGGAAAUCCAAAUGUAUGAAUGAAGUGAGUGCACCAAAGGAAGAAGAGAAUGUGAAACAGUCUGUGGAAGUUGUAGAUGCUUCUAAAAUGGAAAUCUCAUCACUCGUUGAGUUAUUUAGUCCAGAGCAAGUAAAGGGGCAUAUCCGCAGUCUUCGUCAGUGGGUAGGCCAGAGUAAAACGAAGGCAGACAAAAACAAAGCAAUGGGGUGCACCAUGUCUGAGAAUUCUUGCCAGUUGUGUGCUGUUGAGAGGCUUGUAUUUGAGCCAAUACCUGUUUACUGCUCGCCAUGUGGUGUACGCAUCAAGAAAAAUGCCUUGCACUAUUAUUGUGUUGUGGCUGGUGAGUCAAGGCAUUAUGUCUGUUCACCUUGCUACAAUGAAGCGCAUGAAAACUUGGUUUCUCUUGAUGGAACUUCUAUACCGAAAGCAAGUCUUGAGAAAAAGAAAAAUGAUGAACAAGUUGGAGAAGGGUGGGUGCAAUGUGACAAGUGUGAAGCCUGGCAGCAUCAAAUAUGUGCUUUGUUCAACAGCAGAAGAAAUCAUGGCGAGGCCACCAAGUACACUUGCCCUAAUUGCUAUAUACAAGAGCUGGAACAAGGCGAAAGAAGACCAUUACCACCGAGUGCCAUUCCUGGAGCAAAAGAUUUACCAGUUACUGCUCUUAGCAACCAUAUAGAGGAGCGCUUAUUCAAAAAGUUGAAGGAGGAAAGACAGGAGAGGGCUAGACUUCAAGGGAAAUUUUUUGAGGAGGUCCCUGGAGCCGAAUCACUUACUGUCAGAGUUGUGGCAUCGGUUGACAGAGUAGUAGAAGUAAAGGAAAGUUUCCUUGAGAUUUUCCGAGAAGAAAAUUAUCCUUCUGAAUUCCCAUAUAAGUCCAAGGUCAUAUUGUUGUUUCAGGAGAUUGAAAAUGUGGAAGUGUGCUUGUUUGGCAUGUUCGUCCAGGAAUUUGGAACAGAGUGUGGACCUCCCAAUCAAAGGCGGGUCUACCUUUCGUAUCUGGACUCAGUUAAGUAUUUCAGACCUGAGGUUCGAACAGUGUCUGGAGAAGCCCUCCGCACGUUUGUGUACCAUGAAAUUCUGAUUGGUUAUCUCGACUAUUGCAAGAAACGCGGUUUUACAAGCUGCUAUAUAUGGGCAUGCCCCCCAAUAAAGGGUGAAGAUUACAUUCUUUAUUGUCAUCCUGAAAUCCAGAAGACGCCAAAGAAUGAUAAACUAAGGGAAUGGUAUUUAGCAAUGUUAAGGAAGGCUGCAAAAGAAGAUGUGGUCGUCGAAUGCACAAACUUCUACGAUCAUUUCUUUGUCCAAUCUGGCGAAUGUAGAGCUAAUGUAACUGCUGCAAGGUUGCCAUAUUUUGAUGGAGACUACUGGCCAGGUGCUGCUGAGGAUUUAAUACGUCAAAUGAACCAAGAAGGUGAUGGUGCGGUUCCAAAUAGAAAAGGAUUGACCAAAAAGGUCAUAUCGAAAAGAGCUCUUAGAGCUUUUGGCCAGUUGGACCUUUCUGUUAACGCCUCAAAGGAUCGACUGAUGAUGCAAAAACUCGGUGAGACCAUUUGUCCGAUGAAGGAAGAUUUUAUAAUGGUUCAUCUGCAACAUUGCUGCAAGCAUUGUAGCACUCUCAUGGUAUCUGGGAACCGGUGGGUGUGCAAUCAGUGCAAGAAUUUUCAGAUAUGUGACAAGUGUAAUGAAGUGGAACAGAACCGCAUAGAGAAAGAGAGACAUCCCAUAAAUCAUAAAGAGAAACACACGCUAUUCCCUAUGGCCAUCGAGGACGUUCCCGCAGAGAUUAAGGACAAAGACGACAACCUCGAGAGCGAGUUCUUUGAUAAUAGACAAUCUUUCCUGAAUCUUUGCCAAGGAAAUAACUAUCAGUACGACACUCUAAGGCGGGCGAAACACUCUUCCAUGAUGAUUCUCUAUCAUCUUCACAACCCAACUGCCCCUGCAUUUGCCACCUUUUGCACGAUCUGCCAACAAGAAGUUGAAAGCUCUCAGGGAUGGCACUGUGAAGUUUGUCCAAACUAUGAUGUCUGCAGUGCCUGUUACUCUAACGCGUCUAUCAACCAUUCACAUAAACUGAUAAGUCGUUCCUCUUCUGCGGAUACUAGUGCUGUACAACACAACAGGCAAACUAAUCAAAACUAUCAAGCCGUGAUGAAGAAGGUAAAAGAACUGCUGCUACAUAUGGCUGCAUGCCGCUCUACAACACUGUGCAAGUAUCAUGGUUGUCGUAAGAUGAAGUUGCUCUCCAGACAUUCUUUAGCAUGUAAGACUGGUCCUGGAGGUUGCCCUUAUUGUAAGAGAUUUUGGAGUAUCCUCAGACUCCAUGCCCGCAGCUGUAGAGAUUCCCAGUGCACUGUCACCAAAUGCAGAGAGCUCAGAGAUAUUAGUAGUAGGCAGCAGCAGCAGUCAGACAAAAGGCGUAGAGCUGCUGUAAUAGAGAUGAUGCGGGAAAGGGCCGCUGAAGCCUCCCGCACUCGCUGACUCAUCUGAUAAAAAGACAAGCUCGCUGCAUUCUCAACAACAUCUCUGGAGGCGAUUUAAAAAAGAAGAGAUUCUUUUGUAGACUAUUGUGUAAAUUAAAGGAAGACUAGAAGCAAACAGAGGAGUUUUUUCUUCUCUUCAGCAGCUAAUUACUACAAAUUUAGGAUUAGAGGAGGUGCAUAGGAAGGUUUUUACAUAUAUGCCAAAUAUAAGAUGUAGGUUGUGGUGGAUAUUUCAUUUGAGUUCUCUUUCAACAUUCUUUGUAUUGGCUGCAAAGUUCCAUAUCUUUAUCAUUUGUUGAUUGAUUCUUUUGUAAAUAACUAGAGGAUUUUGGCAAUAUAUUUCUUUCACUGGAUCA